GGGUUGUUUCUUUUCACUCUCUUCUUCAGACGACUCGUCCUGUGUAUACGCUCUUUUCUUUCGCUCUCUCGAGUGUUGUGUGCUUUACGUCUUGUUCAUUCUCUAAUCACGAGCAGGCCCUCGCCUUUCAAGCUUCUUAUUGCCAGGUCCGGUACUUAUUCAGGUGGAACUUAUUCAUAACGACCCGUAAAAAGGAAUAUUUACGAUUAAUUCAAAUCUUCUAAACCGCCAUCAUGAAGUACUCCGCAGCUCUUUCGGUCGCUAUUGCGCCGCUGGCCAUCGCGAAAGCCGUUCACAACGUCUACCCUCAACAUAAGAGAACCAGCCACAAGUCCGAGCUAGGAGCUGUCGCUGGUUCUGCUCAGGGUAUCGAAGUCCUACAGGGUGUUCAGCUAGGAAGCUCGACUCAGGUUAUCGUCAUCUGGGCUAACCCUGGAAACAAUGCCGCUACGACAACUCUUCACGAGCAGGUCACAGUAACCCAGACAGUCACUGCUGCCGCUGGAACUACUGCGGCUGCAACUUCGGCCGCUGCAGGCGCCGCCGCGACACACACUGUCAUUGUUGGUGGUUCCGCUGGUUUAGUCUACACUCCCGACCAAAUAACGGCCAACGUCGGUGACAUGGUUAUCUUCGAGUUCAUGAGCGCAAACCACACUGCGACUCAGUCUACCUUCGCUACGCCUUGCAAGAUCAUGGAAGGUGGUAUGGACUCUGGUUUCCAGGCUAACGCCAACAACACCGUCAACCCUCCUCCCAAGGUUGCCAUGCAAGUCAUGACCACCGAGCCUCUAUGGUUCUACUGCAGGCAGUCCGGUCACUGCGGUAAGGGUAUGACCUUCUCGAUCAACCCUAGCGCAGCCAAGACCCAAGCCAUGUUCCAAGCAAUGGCUAUCCAGCAGAACGGUACUGGAGCCGGCAGCGCCAUCACCGGUAACUCGACCGCGAUCGCAUCAUCUGCAGUUGCCGCUGCUCCUGCUGCUACUUCUGCUGCCGCCGCUUCUGGCAGCAUUAACCAAGGAAGCGGUGUAAUUGAAGGUGGUGCUUGUGUUUGCGCUGUCACUUGCAGUUCUGGCAGCUUCCCCGCCGUGGCAGCUCAAGGUAUUGGUGCUUUCGGUGGUAUUGCAGGAGCUCUCCCUGCGAGCAUGAUGGAAUCCGUCUAAUUAAUACGUGCGGCGUCCGGUUGAGGAUCAUGAGUGUGUGAUACCACGGCAGCGGCGACUGCGAUUCGAAAUAUUCCGUUUUAGGGGGUUUACCUGAAUGACUAGACUUAUUUUUUUAUUAUUACCUGGCAUUAGGAGGUUUUUAAACAUAUGACUGGAUCGUAUAUUAUUAUAUAUUAUAGGUGCACUUAAUAGGUCAUCAAUGAAGUAAAACACCAUUUCCCCCGUUCGUUGAAGUGUUGUGAAGUCUGUCCGUCUUGUGUUUUUAGAGAUGUAUGCUUUUGUAACGCUACGGUCGAAGUUGGCGAGAGAAUAGUUCCAUCUACGAGUAGUCACUGAGCUCCA